CCUGGACUUUGUAACUUACAUUGUACACCUUAUCUCUAACGCCUUUAUAAGAUCACAUAAUUCAACAGUCCAAAAGGAACAAACGUGCAUCAUGAAGGCUUUGGUUUUCCUUCUCCUCUUUAAUUGGUCUGCUGGUUUUCUUCUCGAUAGCUUGGACCAGCAAGCGUGUUUUGGAGAUUUAGGCUGUUUUAGUACUGCACCUCCAUUUAGAAGUGUAGAGCGGCCGAUUGACUUGUUACCCAAAAGUCCAGCGGAACAACAAAUAAAGUUUUACUUGCACACAAGAGAAAAUCCCUCAGUGUCCUCAGAGGAACAGCUACAGGUGGGAGGUGGAGUAGGCAGCAGCCAUUAUUCCGGAUCCCGGAAAACUAAAAUCCUCGUUCAUGGCUUCACUCACAAUGGCCAUCGUCAAUGGCUUCUCAAUCUUGCCACAUCUCUGUUGAAGAAGGAAGAUCUGAACGUAAUUAUCGUUGACUGGGGUCACGGUGCAGGGAUUCCUUACACCCAGGCUACAGCCAAUACUCGCGUAGUUGGAGCCUAUAUUGCUAAACUGAUCCAGGAGUUGUCUACCGUGGGGCCUUCACUGGCUGACUUUCACAUCAUCGGUCAUAGUUUGGGUGCCCACAUCGCAGGAUACGCUGGCGAAAGACUAAAAACACUGGGACAGAUUACAGGAUUGGAUCCAGCAGACCCAUAUUUUCAGGGCACAGAUGUUCGUGUGAGACUCGAUCCGAGUGAUGCGGCAUUUGUUGACGUUAUUCAUACCGACGGUUCAAGCAUAGUACAGUUGGGAUUUGGUGUCAUGCAGCAAGUGGGUCAUGUAGACUUCUAUCCAAAUGGAGGGGCUAAUCAGCCCGGAUGUGAUUCGGAUUUUUUUGGAAAACUGUCUCACACCGUAUGGACGGCAGUUACUCAGUUAGACACGUUAGCGGCGGAAGGUGCGGUGGCUUGCAGUCAUGAGAGAUCUUACGUCCUUUACACGGACUCCGUUAAUAGUCAAUGUCCCUACACUGCUUAUCCGUGUACAAGUGCGUCUGAGUACGCUGCAGGUCGUUGUCUUUCGUGUACCGGAACCGGAUGUUCGGAGAUGGGAUAUAACGCCAAAAAUUACUCUGCCAGGGGAUCGUUUUACCUCGACACUGCAUCUGCUAGUCCUUUCUGCGAAUUCCAUUAUCAAAUUAACAUUACUGGCCGAAACAACAUGGAUGGCACAAUUAAUAUUGUCUUACAAGGAACCAAAGGCAGGUCUGCUAACAUACCAUUGAUGACGUCAAGUGAGGUACACACAAAAGGACAUAUUAUCUCCAAAUUUGUCAAAGUCCCUACCGAUAUCGGCCCAUUAACAAAUAUUGCUCUGGAAUAUGACAAAACCACUAAUAUAUUGACGGGCUGGGCGUACCCAAACGACUGGCAGCUAGUAGGCAUGUCCAUAUUAAGCGCUGAGGAACAGAAAAUGUACACAUUCUGCGCAUACGGAAAGACUUUAACAAGUCACAAACCAAUUGCUUUGGGACUAACAGGCACGUGCUGAGUUAUUGUUUGUGUAAUAGAAUAAUAAAAUCUGACUGAUA